UGUCAAAUACCAACUUUGAACUUUAACGAGUUCGUUCCUGUCCUUUAGCAUGCAUCCCAUAAACCCUAGAAAUGCGGAUUAAAGGGUUUAUGCAAAACUGAGCUAAGUUAGUUUCCGCAACAGUUUCAAAUUUGAUUUCUUCCACCACAAGUAUCAAAAACCAACACCACCAUCAUGAGACUUCUCAGAACAAUCUUCAUCCACCACCGCAGGCGCCACCACCUCCUCAACCCCAAAUCCGUCUUUUCGUCUUUAGUUUCCAACUCCUCAGCAAAAAUAGCACAAGACGAUGGGGAAUCCCUACAUUUCAAUACAAGUAACCAACCAACCACUAGUUGGAGCAUGUACGCAAACGUAGUCGCGAAGCAGAGAAUCAACGAUAACAGCGACGAAGAAAUCGAAGAAGAAAAACCAAUCGAAAGCGAAAAUGGAAACAUGCUAAAUUUGAAGAACAGAACCAUAAUUAGAACAACGAAGAGAAGUUCGGGGAAGGUGAAAACUCAGUGGGUUUGUUGCAAUUGCGGGUUUACUGCAGGACAAUGGUGGGGAACGUGUCCUUCUUGUAGCAAUGUUGGAACAAUGAAAGAGUUUCAUGAAGCUAAACUCAAUGAUACUGUUGAUAAUAGUAAGCUCAGAAAUGGUUUAUCAGUUUCUGAGGAUUCAAUGGGAACGUGGCUUCCACAGAGAGGUGGUCAAUUGAAACCCGUUAAUUUGAGUGAGGUUUACCGUGGAUUCAAUCUGAAGGGUUGGAGAUUUCCUUUGUCUGGUUCUUUUGGAGAUGAAGUUUCUACUGUGCUUGGUGGUGGUCUUGUACCAGGCUCUUUGAAUUUGGUUAGUGGUGAUCCUGGUGUUGGGAAGAGUACCCUUCUGUUGCAGAUGGCAGCAUUGAUAGCAGAUGGAAGCAAUGGCGGUGAGGCUUCUCCAGUUGUAUAUGUCUCUGGUGAAGAGAGCCUUCAGCAAAUUGGUCACAGAGCAGAUCGCCUUGGGAUUAAGUCUGAUAUUUAUUUGUAUUCAAGUACGGAUAUUGAGGACAUAUUAAGGAUCGCUCAGUCUCUUCCAAUUCGGGCUCUGGUUGUUGAUUCAAUACAAACUGUUUAUUUGAAAGGAUUACCGGGAAGUGCUGGAGGGAUUGUGCAGGUGAAAGAAUGUACUUCGGCUUUGAUGCGGUUUGCUAAAACGACUAACAUCCCAGUACUUUUGAUUGGACAUGUGACAAAAUCUGGUGACAUAGCCGGUCCUCGUGUUCUGGAGCAUAUUGUUGAUGUUGUUUUGUACUUGGAAGGUGAGAGGUUCACUUCAUAUCGAAUGCUCCGUGCUGUGAAAAAUCGGUUUGGAUCCACUGAUGAGCUUGGAGUUUUUGAGAUGUCACAAUCAGGAUUUAAGGCUGUUUCCAAUGCUACUGAAAUGUUUCUUACUGAACAAGACCCUGAUUCAGAUGUUUUAGUUGGGUUGGCUUUUACUGUAAUAAUGGAUGGUUCAAGAACUUUCAUAAUUGAAAUUCAGGCACUCUGCCUUUUGCAUCCCACGAUAUCAGGGUCAACUUCAAGAGUAGUUAAUGGAAUUGACACAAAUAGAGCUAACAUGAUCAAAUGUGUUCUUAUAAAGCAAGCAGGUCUUCAUAUCCCAGUACAUGCCGUGCUUUUGAAUGUUGUUAGUGGAUUGACACUGACUGAGACUGCUGGAGAUCUUGCAAUAGCAGCUGCAAUUUGCAGCAGUUUCUUGGAGUACCCUAUUCCAAAGGGCGUUGCAUUCAUUGGGGAAAUUGGCCUUAGCGGAGAGCUUCGUACGGUUCCUAGAAUCGACAAAAGAGUACAUGCAUUGGCGAAGUUGGGUUACAGAAAGUGUGUAGUACCGAAGCAAGCUGUAAAAGCUUUAGGAACUGAAGGUCUAGAAAAUAUUAAAGUAGUAGGUUGCAAGAAUCUAAAAGAGUUUAUUAACGAAGUAUUCAGCAGUAAAGACGAUUAAAAGAAGCUGCCAGUGUUGUGCAAAUCUCUUUUCUUGUUUGUAAGAUGUAAAAUUUGACACUUUCAGAAGUUUGUAAAUAUAGAUGUACUAAUUUUUGUUGUCUCGUGUCAAUUAUGUAAUUUGUUGUUCCAAGCAUUAAAUUUUGUGAAACAACUCACCCAUUUUAAAGGCAUUAUUGUAAUUUAUAACUAGAACUUGAUACACUUUCUUCUACUUCUGA